AUGCCAAAAUAUACAAAAUUUAAUCCUGAUUGGUUAAACAAAACAGAUUCAGAUGGUAUUAAUGUGAAUAAAUGGUUAAAACAAGGUGAGAAUACAUCAACAUUCAAAUGUAUUUUAUGUAAAACAGGCGAUCUUGAUUGUUCCAAUCAAGAACAAAUUACAAAAGCUGAAGCGAUAUGGGCAUUAACAGUUGCCCAACGUGGUUAUAGCUUUAAUUCAUGUGAUGAAAUCGGAGAUGUUUUUCGUCACAUGUUUCCUGAUUCUAAAAUAGCACAAGAAUUUAGCAUGCAGUCAAGAAAAACUUCAUAUGUCUUAUCUCAUGGUCUUGGUCCAUAUUUUCAUCAAGAACUUAUUAAAUCUCUAAAACGUAAUGAAAAAUUCGUCUUAUGCUUCGACGAACAGACCAACAACCAAGAUCGUAAACAGCUAGAUUUAUUAGUCAAAUAUUGGUGUUUCGAUGAAGGACUUGUUGUUACUAGGGGACAUGCAACAGCAGCUAUUCUUAAAACUGCUAUUCUAGAUUCACUUAAAGCUGAUGGAUUAGAACUUAAACAAUUAUUAAUGUUAGGUCGUGAUAGUUUAUUUGUUAAUUUAUCGUUGGAGAAUAUGAUUGAAAAUGAAAUGAAAAAGGUUCGUUGUGGUCUUUUGAAACUUGGUGGUUGUCAUCUUCAUGUAGCACAUAAUGGUUUUAAAGCUGGUUUAUCCUCAUCAGAUUGGAAUAUUCACAAUAAAUGUAUCGAUAUUUAUUCAUGGUUUAAACAAUCACCUGCUCGCAAAGAAGAUUUGAUUGGUAUAAUUAGCGAUUAUAAUUGUGUUAUUGAAAAGACAAUACUAUAUUUCACCAAUACACGGUGGGUUUGGUUAGGCAAAGUAAUAACGCGCGUUUUACCAUUAUGGGAACCAUUACAUGAAUAUUUUUUAAUGUAUUUACCAGUCAAUAAAAAGCAACAAGUUCAAAAUAAUGAUCGUUAUGAAAGAAUUAAAGAAUCGUUAACUUCGUAUGUAAUUAAAAUUAGAUUGCAGUUUGUAUUGUUUUUAUGUGAAACAAUAUUCGAUCGUUUUUUGACAUUGUUUCAACAAGAAGCACCACUUAUACAUCUUCUUUAUUAUGAAUUGCCAUCGUUGUAUCGUUUAGUUUUAUUACAAUUUUUAACAUCAGAUUGUGUUGGUGAUAAAGUUGGAGGUGAUUUAUUAUAUAUAGAUUUUAAAUUAAAUGAAAAACAAUUGAAUAAUAAAAAUAUACGUAUUGGAGAAGGAGCUCGAAAACUAUUAAGUAAUCUUACACAAAAAGAGCGAGAAACAUUUUAUGAAGAUAUUAGAACCAUUUAUCAUACAAUAGCUGAGUAUUUGAAAAAGAAUCUACCAUUAAGAAAUUCAUUUUUACGUGAUAUACAAAUUCUUCAUCCCUCGUAUAGAUCUGUACAAUAUAGUGAUGAUAUCGUACGUAUUGCUAGAACUGUUCCAGGUCUAUUGAGUGAUCAAGAGAUUGAUUAUACACGUGAUGAAUGGUUAAAUUAUUCACUUGAACACAUUGAUGAAACGUGGUACAUUAAAGAGAAAAAAAAGGAUUAUUUAGGUGCUGAAAUUGUUAUAUAUCAUCGUAUUGAUUAUUAUUGGAAUAAAGUUUUGAGCAUUACAACGACGGAUGGUCGUCAUAAAUAUUCUACGUUAAGCAAACUAAUUAAAAACAUUCUUAUUAUUCCUCAUGGUAAUGCUGAUGUUGAACGUGGUUUUCAAUAA